UAAACUGAUAUAGUGUAUACAAAAGUUGUGAUAAAGUUUGCGUUGUCUUAUAAAUACAAAGCGUUGACCGAGUGGACAUUGGUGAAAUAUGAAAGACGGUGUUUUAAUUCUGUUAUUCUGUGUGGUUGUUAACAAAGUUACUGCACCGGCUCCAUUCAACUUACCAAAGACCAAUCUUCCCCAACCAAAGCCGGUCACAUCCACAACACCGAAACUUCCGAAAUGGAACGGUUAUACAUCCAAAACAUCAGGAGCCAAGCCUAUGAAAGACAACGCAUAUUUAGCGACUUUAGUGAAAAGGCCCCCAAAAGAUAAGUCAACGCAAAUCAUUGAAAUCAAAAAAGAAGAAGAAAGCGGAACAAACGUAGCAUUAAAUGAAAAAGAAUGCCGGAAUACCACAAAGAUUCUAUUUGCAGAAGAAAUAGUGUCUCCAACAAGGCCGUCUGGAAAAGAGUCUAAAGAAAAUGAAAUUUUAUCUGCAAAGAACUUUAAUGAAAAAGAAACAGCAAAAAAUGUGAUGAAAGAUUUAAAAUUAAAAUUAAACGACACUGAACCAAAAAAAGGAGUGAAAUUGCAAGACCUAUUUAAACCGCUGCAAAUAAAACCUAAAGUUAACAAUACCGAUGCUCAAUUCAAACCAUUCGAGAUACCUCCAACUAUGAUACCUAUAUUUAGACCAAAUCAAAAUUUGGCUAGAAACCAAAUCACCAAAGAUCUUAUUGAUACAACUUCUGUUACACAAAAUCCUAUCAUAACUCAAGAAACACCAGUUCCUAAAGAAAAUCCAGUAACACCAAAAGAUAUCAAACCAAAUCUAAAUCCUAAACCAAAUGCGGUACCGUUUAGUAUUCCUUGUCAUAGAGCUUCGGAUGUCCUAGAUGACGUUAACGUUAAACACGCUAAUUUAGACCCUAUGCCAAAAGAUAGAAGCUCAAUUUCACAGGAACCAAAUCAGGUUGAAAGACCAGAAAAGCUGGAGACUGAUGAAUCUGUAGCUGUUAUAUUUAAACCUAAAAACAUUUCAUUAUUGAACGUUUAUGGAGACAUGUUGAAGAAAAUAACUUUAACUGUGUUAGUGCCUUAUCACAUUUCAAAAUUAGGAACAUGAGAAAAGUUAAGAAUAAAAUAUUUUUUACGAGACUUAUUGAUGAGCAUAGAUUGAACAUACAACAAUAUAAGCUGAGUGAUUUAUCUUAAAUUCAUGAAGACAAAAAUAUUUAAUUGAAAGGUAAGCCUUUCUAGGAACGACAUUUAAAAAAAAUCUCACUUUUUUAGCGCGUCCUAUUGGUCGCAAUCCCUAGUUUCAGAGGAUUUCAAAGACAGAGGGACCCCAUUAUAAGACUUAAAAUAAAACAAGUUUUAAAUUUAUUAAUUUUGUUUGCGACUGUACAUUAUUUAUUAAUAUCUUAAAAAAUUUCAAAAAAUAUCUUAAAAAAUAUUAUAAGUAAUUGCAAUUUCAGCAAAUGUUAUUAUCAUUAAAUGUGAUGUUUUAAACUUUAAAUUUUUAUUUAAUGCUAUUUAUUGAUGUGAAAUACUACUGAUUAUUGAAGACACUGUGUAG